ACAUACUUGCAAGUAUAGAGAAACUACAAUCGGCUAAUCGUAUACCCCUGCUCGCCCACAUGCAGUCAAAAUCGAAUGUCACUCCCCCAAUCCCCGCCAUACCAUCGUCGCUACCCCACCUAAAUAACUCUUAAACCUUACCUUAAUAGCUGUUUGCAAAGCUUCAAAAUGUCUCCUCUUCUAAUUCAACUAAGUGCUUUACCUUUCAAGGUUAUAAGACCGGAACAAUGGCAGACCUUAACCUCCAAGAGAUUCAAGAGACCUUGAUAUCGGUAGUCCGCGAGGCUGGCCGUAUGAUCAUGUCCGCAAACCCUACGGACAUCGCCACGGGAACGAAGCUGAAUUCCGCGGACAUCGUAACCGAAACCGACAAAGCAGUCGAAACCCUCGUCUCAUCCCGCCUCUCCAAAGCCUACCCCUCCUUCGCCUUCAUCGGCGAGGAGACCUACAAACCCGGCAUGCAAGUCACCGCCGCCCCGACCUUCAUCGUCGACCCCAUCGACGGCACUACGAACUUCGUCCACGGCCUACCCGAAGCCUGCGUCUCGCUCGGAUUUGCGAUCGACCGCGUCCCCGCCGUUGGCGUCGUGUAUAACCCUUACCAGGACAAGCUGUACACGGCCAUCCGCGGGCAAGGCGCGUUCCUGACACUCGGCGCCGCGUGGGGGCUCGAAGGGGGUAAAGGGCGCGUCAGUAAGCUGCCGUUGUCGAAGAACCCGGCGCCUUUGGCGGGAUUGGACACGUGUCUUGUUGCUGCGGAGUGGGGGAGUACAAGGGAUGGCGUGAAUUACGAUGUCAAGACUGAGGUGUUUAGGAAAUUGUGCGCGAGCAAGGAGACGGGCGGCGCGAUGGUCCAUUCUAUACGCAGCUUAGGCAGCGCCGCGCUCAACCUGUGCGCGGUUGCGGCGGGGCAGCUCGAUGUGUAUUGGGAGGGCGGGUGUUGGGCGUGGGAUGUGUGCGCCGCGUGGGCGAUACUGAGGGAGGCGGGCGGUAUCAUGGCGAGUGGGAAUCCCGGCGAUUGGGAGCCUGCGAUCGAUUCGCGCAAGUAUCUCGCGGUGCGCGGCGCGCCGGCUGGGCAGAGGGAGAUAGUGGAGGAGUUUUGGAAGGUUAUUGGGGAUGGGAGGAUGGAGUAUGAGAGUUGAGAGACAGGAGACGCGAGGUAUGCGGACGUCGAGCUAUCUAGGGCUGAUGAGCGUGGUUUAUCGGAAGGGCAUUUUAUUCGAGGUAUGUAGAUGACAUAGCUUUUGUCGCGUUAGACAAAGAGGAAGGGAUAGACAAUUAAUUGAAUAGAUCAAGGGGCUUAGCAUGCACCCAUUCCAGAACCCCCUCC